CGGACAAACGCGAGUUCCGUCGGAGCGCAAGGUUGAACAGACAACUACCUGCAGGCUGCAGCUACUUGGCUAAAAGUCUGUUGGCAACCCAGCACUGCCUUCAUGUUCAUCCAUCGCCCGGUGAUAGUUGCGAACUCAGAUACAAGGAGAUUGAAGUCUCUAUUAUUCAUAUAAUUUCAUGAAUAGAAAGAUGUUGCAGCUGGGCAACUUUCUUCUUAUGUUGGUAUUGUUCAUCUCUUCUAUUACUGCUGAUUACUUUUCUCAGUGUGGAGAAAAUGAAUAUUUUAAUCAGACCCUUGGUGCUUGCCAUGCCUGUCCACAAUGUGGGCCAGGUGAAGAACCUGUUUUGAACUGUGGUUACGGAGUUAAGGAUGAGUCAUAUAGCUGCCAUCCUUGCCAGAAUGGCAAAUUCUCAAAGGGUGUCUAUCAGAGCUGCCGAAGGCACAAAGAUUGUGAGGGAUUUUAUCGAGCUACUGUCUUAACACCAGGCACUGCGGAAACUGAUGCGGAAUGUGGUCCUUGUAUCCCAGGUUACUACGUUCUGGAUAACACAUCAAGAAACACUUACGCAAAGGUUUGCCACUCCUGUGCAUUAGCACCUCCAAACACCAAGGAAUGUGUGGGAAUCAAUUUGUCUUCAAGUGUUUCAGGCAGUACCAUAGGCAUUAAAACAAGCCCUCCCAUUUUACAAGAAACACACAAAGUAGAUCAGUUGGGCCAAGGACACCUUGGAACUGCUUUAAUAAUUGCAAUGUCCACCAUAUUUAUAAUGGCUAUGGCUAUCAUUUUCAUUGUCAUUUUCUACAUUUUGAAGACAAAGUCUUUUGCCCAGGCUUGUUGUCGUGGUCAUUUGGUGAAAAACGUUGAAGCUCAGCUUGACAACCAAGAGGACAAGAAGGAAAUACAGGAAGAUAUUGUAAUAUUCUCUGACAAAGAUGAAUUUGAUAAUAAACUGAAGGCAGUUCCACCCAAGACUGAGAAAAGUGAAAACGAUGCUUCCUCAGAAAAUGAGCAACUUUUGAGUCGGAGUACGGAUAGCGAUGAAGAGGCUGCUUUAGAUAAGCGAGGAAUGUCCGAUUUGUGUCUCCUGUCAUUGGUUCCUUUAACUAGAGAAAAAUCAACAAACGCUAAAGCAUGUGGGAUACAGUCACGCAGGGAAAAGAUACUUGAAUUAUGCAAGAAAGUGUGCAGUUUCACAGAAGGACUCAGCCCUACAGAAUUACCAUUUGAUUGCCUUGAGAAAACCAGCAGAAUGUUGAGUUCUACAUACAGCACAGAUAAAGCUAUUGUAAAAACAUGGCGCCAUCUCGCAGAGAGCUUUGGACUGAAAAGGGAUGAAAUAGGUGGAAUGACAGAUGGAAUGCAACUCUUCGAUCGUAUAAGCACAGCAGGUUACAGCAUCCAUGAUCUGUUGACAAGACUCGUGCAUAUUGAAAGAAUGGAUGCUGUGGAAGCCUUGUGUUCGGAUGUUCUAGAGUACACACAGGGUCGACCAAUCACCAAUCCUGCCAACUCACCCAAAUGUCUGAAUUUGUAGACAAAAGCCACAGAAUAUGAAAAAUAGUUUGUAAAUCAAAAAUGUUAUGUUCCAUUUUACCAGGAAUUUUGAGUCCGGUGAAACAAAAUUCUAUAGAAUUUCCAUUUAACUUCAAUUUUUAUUCUGGUGCCUGACUUCUGUGUCAUUAAGAGGCAUUAGGGAACAAUUUUGAAAGGUCAAGUGCAUUUGAAAAAAAGUUUUAGAAUAUCAAAAGUACAGAUUUAAUUCUGUUCUUUUUAUAAUGCAUAAAGUGGAAGGAAAAAUAAACAAAAACAAGACAGGCUGAAGAAGAAUGGAAAUGUGGCUGCAAACUAAAUUACUCCAAAACAUCAUUUCCAUUAACUGGGGAUUUCUUUCUAACACUAUUUCCUGUAGUAAAGCAGAACUCAUGCAAUGUUAGGAAAGACUAAAUAAUAACAUUGGAUCCAGGCCUUCCCAAUUAUAGUUUAUGGUCAACUUGUGAAACAGUACUUACUAUUUAUUUACAUCAAUCCUUCUCGAAGUUAGAACAGUACAGCACAGUCCAGUCCCUUCAGCUCAUGAUGUUGUGCCUAUCCUUUAAUCUACACCAAGAUCAAUCUAACCCUUCCCUCUCACAUAGCCCUCCAUUUUCCUUUUAUCAACUGCCCAUGUAAGAGUCCUUUAAAUGUCCCUAAUGUAUCUUCCUCUACCAUCACCCAUGGCCACACAUUCCAAGUACCCAUCACUCUGUGUAAAAGAAAACCUUCCACUGACAUCUAUGCUAUACUUUCCCCUAAUCACCUUAAAAUAAUGCUCCCUCAUUUUAACCAUUUCCACCCUUGGAAAAAGUUUCUGGCUCUCCACUCUAUCUCAAUCAUCUUAUGUACCUCUAUCAAGUCACCUCUCAUCCUCCUUUGCUUUAAAGAAAAAAACCUUUCCUCGUAAGACAUGCAUCUGUGGAAUGCUCUGCCUUAGAAGGGAGUGGAGGCCACUUCUCUGGAUGCUUUCAAGAAAGAGUUAGAUAGAGCUCUUAAAGAUGGUGGAGUUAAGGGAUAUGGGGAGAAGGCAGGAAUGGGGUACUGAUUGUGGAUGAUCAACCAUGAUCACAAUGAAUGGUGGGCUGGCUUGAAGGGCCGAAUGGCCUACUCCUGCACCUAUUGUCUAUUGCUAUCUACAGUAAUCCAGGCAACAUUCUGGUAAAUCUCCUCCACACCCUCUCUAAAACUUCCACAUACUUCCUAUGAGGAACCACACUGAACAUAAUACUCCAAGUGUGGGCUAACAGGAGCUUUAUUGAUCUGCUACAAUACCUCAUGGCUCCUGAGCUCAGUCCUCUGAUUAAUGCACGCCCAAAGACCAUAUGCUUCUUAAUCACCCUAUCAACUUGUGCAGCAGCUUUGAGGAAUCUAUAUACAGUAGGUGGACCCUAAGAUUCCUCUGCUCCGUCACUGUUAAGAAACUUGCCAUUAACCCUGUACUCUGCCUUCCAAGUUUGACCUUCCAGACUGUAUCAUGUUACUUUUCCUAAAUGAACUUCAUAUGUCACUUCUCAGCCCAGCUCUGCAUCAGAUCAAAGUCUAUUGUAAUCUACAACCUUCUACACUAUUCACAACACCACCAACCUCUGUGUCCUCUGCAAAUUUACUAACCCACCCUUUCAGUUCCUCAUCCAAGUCAUUUGUAAAAAUCACAAAGAGCAGAAAUCCCGAACAGAUCCCUGUAGAACACCACUGGUCACUGACCUCCAAGGAGAAUAAGCUCCAUCUACUACUACCCUCUACCUUCUGGAGCUUUUCCUGUCCGGCCCUGGGAACUUGCCUGUCCUAAUUUUUCAAAAGUUCUAGCACAUGUGUUUUCCUAAUGUCAACACAUUCAAGUAUAUCAGCUUGUUUUACAUGGUCCUCACAAACAUCAAGGUCCCUCUCAGUGGUGAAUACUGAAGGCAUUUAUUAAGGACCUCUCCUACCUCCUCCAACUCCAGGCACAUUUCCUCUACUAUCCUUGAUCAGUCUUGCCCUCUGGCCAUCAUCCUGUUUUUCACAUACACAUAGGACAGCUUGGAGUUUUCUUUAAUCAUAAUCGCCAAGGCCUUCUCAUGCCCCAUUCUUUCUCUCCUCUACAUCCAUUCUUCAGCUCCUUCCUGGCUACCUUGUAAUUCUCUAAACAAUAUCUGAACUUUGCUUCCUAAACCUUAAGUAAGCUUUAUUUUCCCCUCUUGACCCAAUGAUCCACAUCUUCUGCCAAUUAUGGUUCCUUCACCCUACCAUCCUUUCCAUGCCUCAUCCAGUAACCUAGACAAGUUCUCCCGAAACUGUAAUAUUUCCAUUGUGCAUUUCCCUGAGUACAUCUGUUUCCAGUUUGUGCUCCCCAGUUCCUGCCUAAUAGUAUCAUAAUUCCCCUUCCCCUUCCUUUAUUUAAAUACUUUCUGAUAUGGUCUGCUCCUGUGCCUGUCCAAAACAUUAGUAAAGGUCAGAGUUGUGGUCACUGUUUCUGAAAUGUUCACCCAGCAAGAGAAGUCAGCUGACCAGGUUCAUUGACUAGUACCAGAUCCAGCAUAGCCUUCUCUCUACUUAGUCUAUCUUCAUAUAGUAUAAUUCUGCCCCAUCUAAACCUUUUGCACUAAGGAGGUGCCAAUUAACAUUAGGGAAGUUGAAAUCAUCUAUGACAACAACCCUGUUAUUUUUGCACCUUUCCAAAAUCUGCCUCCUGAUCUGCUCCUCUGUAUCUAUAUUGCUAAUGGAGGGUUCCAAUAGAAUACUCCCAAUAGAGUGAUUGUUCCCUUCCUGUUCUGACUUCCACCCACACUAACUCAGCUGACCCUCCCUCCAUGACAUCAUCCCUUUCUGCAGCUGUGACAACUAUCCCUGAUUAGCAAUGCACUUUCCCACCUUUUACCUCACUUCCUGUCUCUUUUGAAACAUCUAAACCUUGGAAUAUAUAGCAGCCAUUCCUGCCCUUGUCUCAGCCAAGUGUCUAAUGCUCUGUUAUUUUACUACUUGCAUUAAAAUAGACACAUUUCAACCCAUCCAGCUGACAACAAUUAUGCCCUUUCCAUUAGCCAUCUUUCCUCACAGCCAAAUGUCAUUAGAAAUGGGGAUGGUUCCGGAGGAUUGGUGUAUUGCUCAUGUUGUUCCAUUGUUUAAAAAGGGUUCUAAGAGUAAACCUAGCAAUUAUAGGCCUGUAAAUUUGAUGUCAGUGGUGGGUAAAUUAAUGGAAAGUAUUCUUAGAGAUGGUAUAUAUAAUUAUCUGGAUAGACAGGGUCUGAUUAGGAACAGUCAACAUGGAUUUGUGUGCGGAAGGUCAUAGUUGACAAAUCUUAUUGAAUUUUUUGAAGAGGUUACUAGGAAAGUUGAUGAGGUAAAGCAGUGGAUGUUAUCUAUAUGGAUUUCAGUAAGGCCUUUGACAAGGUUCAAAGGUAAGGUAAGGUUAGUUAGGAAGGUUCAAUCAUUAGGUAUUAAUAUUGAAGUAGUAAAAUGGAUUCAACAGUGGCUGGAUGGGAGAUGCCAGAGAGUAGUGAUGGAUAACUGUUUGUCAGGUUGGAGGCCGGUGACUGGUAGUUGCCUCAGGGAUCUGUACUGGGUCCAGUGUUGUUCGUCAUAUACAUUAAUGAUCUGGAUGAUGGGGUGGUAAAUUGGAUUAGUAAGUAUGUAGAUGAUACUAAGAUAAGUGGCGUCGUGGAUUAUGAAGUAGGUUUUCAAAGCUUGCAGAGAGAUUUAGGCCAGUUAGAAGAGUGGGUUGAAAGAUGGCAGAUGGAGUUUAAUGCUGAUAAGUGUGAGUUGCUACAUUUUGGUAGGACUAAUCAAAAUAGGACAUACAUGGUAAAUGGUAGGGCAAUGAAGAAUGCGGUAGAACAG